UAGUUGGGCUGGUUUGUACUCUGAAAACAUAUCUGCUACUGCUUUUUAAAAGGGUAUGGUUGAAGGCUGUGUUCUGUGAGAGUAAGUGGAUCUAUCUCUUUGGAAGAAGCUGAUUUGUGUUCAUAUUUCGGGUAAGUUAGCCAGCUCAAUCAUUUAAAAGUUUCACCAUUAGAGAGGGAGAUGGAGCUUCAACAUUUCAUCCACGGACAUCCGUUGAUCUUCAACGAAGAUGUAGAUGAGGAUUAUUAUGGUUAUUAUAAAAAUUACAAUGUUUGCCAGAAACAAGUAUCGGGUCCUAAUUACAGUUGCAAAGAGUGCUUUUGGUUCCUCCUUCAUAAAUCAUGUGCACAACUACCCCACGAGUUGCGGCACCCGUUGCACCCCAAACAUCCCCUUCUUCUCAUCAAGGCGAAUCAAGGAGGCAAAUGCGAGGGUUGCAAUACAGAUCAUCUAGACGCCUACAGCUUCAUUUACAGUUGUUUUGACUGUAAAUUUAACCUUGAUACAAAAUGUGCUUCUCUGCCGCUCACCAUCGAACCUAAAAGUCAUGCCCACCCAUUGACCCUCAUGCAGAGAUCUGUCUCUUUCACUUGCGAUGCUUGUGGGAAACAAGGCAAAGGCAUGUUUUACUCAUGUGCUGUCUGUCCAUUCUUGGUCCACCUAGAAUGUGCUUCCUUCCCAUUGACUGUCAAGCAUAUCCGUCACCACCACCCUCUCAACCUCAUGACCAACCCUCUUCACAAAUCCGACCAUCCACUUUGCCAACUCUGUGUUAAAAGUGUGGACACAGACUACAUGGUCUAUUAUUGCUCAACUUGUGAUUUUGUUACCCAUCUUCAUUGUGCUGCAAAUGACAAACUGUGGGGUGAAACAUAUGUGCCAGAAUGCCAUGAUGAAUCCGCUGAUUCCUUUAGUACUUAUGUUGUCUUGAAAUCCAUACUGGGAGAACCCGUCGAAAUUAAACAUUUUUGUCAUGAGCAUGACUUGAAGCUUAUCGAUGAGCAAUUUGAGGAUAGAGAAAAAUGUGAUGCGUGUAUGUGGCCUAUCUCCACUCCGUUUUAUAGUUGUGCUGAAUGCAAAUUCUUUCUACACAAAUCUUGUGUUGAAUUACCCAAAAAAAGUCACACCCACUUCAUCAACAUCCCCUCAUUCUCGAUCAACCCCCCCCCACUUGAUGCUAAUAGGAAAUUGGUGUGUAAUGCUUGUGGUCGCACUUGUAAUGGUUUGACCUACCAUUGUGACAAAUGUGAUUUCGAUCUUGAUGUCCAAUGUAGUUUGAUGCCUGACAUGUUUAACCAUGACGGUCAUGAGCACCGACUUAUUCUUUCUAGCGCAUCAUAUUUUGAUAAGUGCAGCUCUUGUGACUUGCUAGGAACAACCUUCUUUCGUUGUGCUAAUUGUGAAUUUUCUCUAGAUUUCAAAUGUGCUACACUACCACAUAUCAUAAGAUACGGACCGUACGAACAACUAUUUACCCUUUGUUAUAAAGAUGAAGAUGAUUUUGAUAAUGAAUAUUAUUGUGAUAUUUGUGAAGAAAAACGAGAUCCAAAGCACUGGUUUUACUAUUGUAAAGAUCUCACUUUUUUUGCUCAUCCCAACUGCAUUCUUGGGAAAUCUUCAUAUAUCAAAUGUAGGAGGACUUGUCAAUCUGACAUGCAAGAACAUCGCCUCAUUUUGGAUGACAAGUGCGAGAGCGGCCAUCGUCUAUGUGAUGAAUGUGGUAGUCUUUGCAAUGGCUUGACUUAUACAUGUGUCUCUCGUGAUUUGAGUCUUCACAGGUGGUGCUUUCACAAGAUUAAAGCACUAAGAUGGUGGCUAUAUGUUCUAAAGGAAGAAGAGGGAGAGGGAGAAGAGGGAGAGGGAGACAAAGAUGAAGACAAAGAGGAAGACAAAGAUCUUCGUCGAAGUGGAAAAAGAAGAAGAGGAAGAGGAAGACGAGGAGGAAGA